UUGCGCGUUUGUCACUUGGUGUGAUUUUGAUCGACGACUUGACAUUGAGAGAAUGUGAUGUAAAAUUGCUGUAGAUGUGCGUUUAGUAUUCCUUAACUUUAUUAACUGUUAUUCAGUUGUGACAUUAAGAAAGAUUGACACAGAUCAGGAGUGGCUUCAGCAGAUUUAGGUAUAAUAGGUUAUCUCCAUUAUGGGUGCAGAAGACCAGUACGACUUUAUAUGGAAAGUGGUUCUGGUGGGGGACUCUGGUGUAGGGAAAACAAACCUACUGUCCCGUUUCACAAGAAAUGAGUUCAAUGCAGAGAGUAAGACAACCAUUGGAGUGGAGUUUGCCACAAGAAAUGUCCAGAUCCGUGGUAAGACUGUACGGGCACAGAUCUGGGACACGGCCGGACAGGAGAGAUACAGGGCCAUAACUAGUGUAUACUAUAGAGGUGCAGUAGGUGCGCUUGUCCUCUAUGACAUCACAAAACCCCAGACUUUUGAAAACCUAGAUAAAUGGAUCAGCGAGCUGAAGGAGCAUGCAGAUCCCUCUGUAUGUAUAAUGAUAGUAGGAAAUAAAACAGACCUGAAGACACAGAGGGUGGUGUCAACAGAGGAGGGCCGAACCGUAGCAGAAAAAUACCAUUAUUCUUUCAUAGAAACCUCAGCUUUAGAUGCCUCCAAUGUUGUAGAGGCCUUCAAUAAUUUAUUAGUUGACAUAUUCAAGAUACAGACAGAGUCUGAGAAGUCCGACUCCUCAUCUAGGAUAGUACCCCAGGAAAACAAGGGACAGGACCAGGGUAGUCGAUGUGCGUGUUAGGAAUGACAUCAGAUUCUCAUGGUGCUACAACAAACAAAUAAACAAACAAACCAACCAAGGCCUGGGACCAGAGUCAACAACAACAACAAUAGAUAUACAGACAGACAAAAUGUUCAGACCAGAUUCCACAUCAAUUAUAACACAUCGUGCAAAUAUCAUCCAGGGUUUGAUGCACAAUGGCAUGAACUACCAUCAAGCUAAUUUCAUCUAAAGUUCGACAUACAAUAAGAUGCAUUGCUUUAUUUUAAUGAAGUAUUUAAGUGCUGGUGUCCACUUGACUUUCCUCUGUGAUCUGAGAGAGAUGUACAUGUAGUUUGGAUGGAUUUUAGAAGUUAAUAGUCUUUUUUUAGUCUUGCGCCAUUUUUUUGAUUUGACAUUUACAUUAAAAAUUCUCCUGAGCUUCCUCAUGUAAACUUUACAUUUCUUAAUAAGCUUUCUUUAUUUUGAAGAUUUUUUUUAAAAAAUUUUUUCUAAACCUCGGUUGUGCUCAGAAAGAGAGUAUGGGUUGUGAGAGAGUUAGAUCCCUUUUAAUACUCUGUAAGAUUGAAUUCAAAUGUCAUAUUUUUAGCUCACCUGAGCUGAAAGCUCAAGUGAGCUUUUCUGAUCACCCGUUGUCCGUCGUCCGUCCGUCUGUCCGUCCGUCCGUCCGUCUGUCCGUCCGUUUGUAAACUUUUCACAUUUUCAACUUCUUCUCAAGAACCACUGGGCCAAUUUUAACCAAACUUGGUACAAAGUAUCCUUGGGUGAAGGGGAGUGUAAAUUGUUAAAAUAAAGGGCCAAGUCCCCUUACAAGGGGAGAUAAUCAAGAAAAGACAAAAUAGGGUGGGGUCAUUAAAAAAUCUUCUUCUCAAGAACCACUGGGCCAGAAAAGCUGAAACUUAUGUGGAAGCAUCCUGGGAUAGUGCAGAUUCUAAAUUGUUAAGAUCAUGACCCCCAGGGGUAG